AUGUAUAACAGCUCUAUAUGUUUUAAAUGGCGCGCAAGCUUUGUUAGUCUUCUACAAGUUACAAUUUACCACCAACAAGUAGCUCUGGAGUGUAUUUUGAUAGCAAUGGUUCAAACUACCGAAGUUAGCGGAAAACCUUACAUUCACGAUUAUGGGGCAAGACUAAGCGAAGGUGUGUCCUACCUAAAAGAGUCUCAAACCCUUAUUUGGGUCGACAUCUUUCUGAGUGAAAUACAUCUGGUGACGAACAUCGAUGACCCUAAGAGCUCACACAAGGUUGUCAAGAUCAAUUACGAAAACUACAUUGGUGAAUACCCUUGCGAUAAGGAUUUGCCUGAGCGCGUCGGGGUGGUGUUCCCUGUCGACUCCGCGAGUGGUGUGAAAGAUAUCUUCUUUGCCAGUAAGUACGGAAUCGGGCGGCUGUCGCUGGAAACAGCACAAUGGAAGUAUGAAGUUCUGUUCUCGUCCUGCGAGCAGACCAAAAACAAGGACUGGAAACGUCUCCGCUCCAACGACGGCAACGUCGCGCCCAACGGGGAUCUAUAUGUCGGCGUAAUGUUGGACUUCCAUAUCGACAUGGACCGCAGCGCGGAGCCAGAGGGCUGCUUUCUGCGCGUCGACCUCAAGAAGCGCGCUGUCGAACUUGUCAUGGACGGCUUGCACAUUCCUAAUGCCAUUAACUGGAAUCCUAAGAAAGAUACCAUUUUUCUAACGGACUCUCUGAACUACAAAAUCUGGACGGCUCCCUACGACUCCCACAGCGGGCUUCCCGCGCUAGCCCAGAAAAAAUCCUUCAUUGAAUUCAAGCCAUUGAACUCAGAGUGCUCGGAUCCUGAGCCUGAUGGAUCAUGCAUUGACCCCCGCAACGGCAACCUGUAUAGCGCCGUGUUCAGCUCUCACAAGGUUCAACUAUUUGACUCGCAGGGAACCCUGCAACGCAAUCUAGUUUUCCCAGACACCGCAAACGUUACGUGCUGUUGCUUGGGGCCAGGUGGUGACUUAUUUGUCACGACGGCUUCUCGCGAUGUACUUCAUGGCGUGAAAACUUCUGGGCCAAAUGGCGCUCUUUUCAGGGUUGCUGCGGAUCUGGUCUCUGACUCAGGCGACGUUCCAUCCUCAAAGCCCAACCCUGCUUUCUAG